UGACAGCACACUGGGUAACGCCCAGCCUGCAUGCUAGAGUGGCUCUGAGCUGGCAAACAGACACGGGCCCUCUGCCCACAGCAGGAAUUGGGCCACCGUCCCAGCACUCCUGCACCCCGAUAACAGUCUGCGCUGAUGCAAUGUCUGUGGCCACACCACUCUGUCCAGGCUGACGGCACUGACAGGGGACAGGCCAGAGCUGCAACACAAAGUGGGGACGUGGGCACACGCUGGGGAGACUUGCCUGACACCCAUUGCCCUGUCCCACUUUCUCCAAGAGAAAACUCCAGCAGCCUUCUGCACACCUCACUCGGACAUGGUGUGCAGCUCCUGCCUUCUGAUUGCCACCGCACUUGCCUGUGCCAGCUGCAGAGUCACCCACAUGGAGGAUGCAACCUGCACCGAGAUUACAACGAAUAAAAGCUAUAGCUGUGAAGGUUUAGGACUGAGGGAGAUUCCUGGAAGCCUACCUGUCACAACAGAAAUCCUUGACUUCAGCUUCAACACGCUCCCAUCCCUCCAGAAUUCAACCUUCUCAAGGCUGGAAUCUCUUCUUUACUUGGACCUGACGAGGUGUCAGAUCAACUGGGUGUAUGAAGAUGCCUUCCACAACAACAGGUGGCUGCAGACCAUUGUGCUGACUGGAAACUUGCUCAUGUUCCUAUCUGACACAGCGUUUGUUGGUCCUCAGUCCCUGAGGGAACUUGUCCUAACACAGACAGGAAUAAGCACAAUAUCCUUUAUUCCAAUGACAAAUCUGGACAGAUUGGAAACCCUCAUCUUGGGCAGCAACCACAUCUCUUCAUUGCAGUUCCCUCACAACUUUCCAACUAAAAACCUCAAACAUCUUGACUUUCAAAUGAACCAUAUAAGAGUAAUCACAGCAGAAGAUGUCAGCAUUUUGCAGAAGACCAGUAAUAUGACUCUUAUAUUUAAAGGCAACGACAUUUUACACAUUGAACCUGGAGCUUUCCAAUCCCACUUCUACAGCUUGGACUUUGGGGGCUGUGCUGACAUUCCUGGAGUCCUUGCAGGAAUACAGAACUCCACCACCCAGACUCUUUGGCUGGGAACAUUCAGUGAUGCGAGGAAGGAGACUGACAUAACUCCAGGUGUUUUAGAAGGCCUCUGCAACACUUCUGUCAAGGAUCUCUAUCUGCAACUGCGGUAUUUUGAAAACCUAAAUGCUGCCACAUUUCAUUGUCUGACAAGGCUCCAAAAGUUGGACCUAACGCACACCCACAUCAGUGCUUUACCACCUGGAAUCAGUGCGAUGAGUUCACUCAGGGAGCUAGUUCUCAGCAUCAACUCCUUCCAGCACCUCUGCAAUGUCAGCUCUGCCGCCUUCCCAUCCCUCACCCAUCUCCACAUCAAAGGGAACCUGCAGGCACUGCAGCUGGGCUCAGGCUGUUUAGAAGGUCUGGCAGAGCUCCAGCAUCUGGAUUUAAGUCACAGUCGUGUUGAAAGCCUUGACUGCUGCAGCAAAGCACUACGUGGCUUGAGCAGCCUUCGGCACCUAAAUCUGAGCCACAACACAAAGCUCCAUGUCCAAGAUGUGUUUUUCAAGGAGGGUGCAAGCCUGGAGUUGCUGGACAUAGCUUCCACUCAUCUUCAGAUUGCCACUUUACAAGGUCCCUUCCGGAAUCUUCAUCUCUUGCAAGUCCUGAACCUUUCCUCCUCCUACAUUAAUACCAGCAUUCAGCAUCUCUUUCAGGGCCUGGAAAACCUUGUGCUCUUGGACCUCAGUCAAAACACUUUUGAGUCAGGGAUCAUGCCAAAGGACAAACUGUUUCAACAGCUAUCCAAUUUGGAGGUGCUAAUUUUAUCAUCCUGUGAACUGACAGCAGUGAACAACCAAGCCUUCCACAGCCUUAGGAAGUUACGGCACAUUGAUCUGAGCCACAACAAGCUUACUGCACUCAGCACAAGUGCAUUUUCAAAACUCAAGAGUAUCUACCUCAGUUUUGCCUACAACAGGAUCUGUAGUGUACCACAGGACCAGUUAGAGUCCCUGCCUGGCCACAGCGUAAUCAAUCUGAGUUACAACCCCCUGGAAUGCACCUGCUCCAAUAUUGGUUUAAUCACUUGGUACAAGCAGAAUCUGGAUAAGAUUGAAGACCCCAAAGAAACAACAUGUUCUGAACCCAAAUCACUAGCUGGGGCUCCGCUGGCCACAGUGUCAUUCUCAUGUGGGAUUAGCACUGCAGGAAUCAUUGCAGUUGUCCUAGCUGUUUUGUGCAGUGUUGCCAUCUCUAUUUGGGGUGCUCAGUAUUUCAGGAGAAAUUAUCAGCAAAUCUGAGUUUAUCUGUGGGCACAGAGUGCAAACAGUUGUACAGCAAAGGGAUUGGGGUGUAGGACAACUUAACUGCUUUUGCUCGAGGCCUGUAUUUCAUGCAAACAUCGGAAUGCUCUUUUCUAUUUUCAUUAUAUUUCUUAGAAAAAUAAUAUCUUUCAUGAGACCUGCAUAAUAAACUGUGAGCUGAGUUUUUAAUGUGAAUUAACUUUUGAUCUGGUAUUUGCUUUUUGAUUAUGUAAGUUCAGCUGAAGAGGGGAGUUAUGCUUUGCCAGUCUCUGAAAUAAUACCCAGUAUAACAGGUUAGCCUCACUUCUGGACCUCUGUCAGUUAGAACCGCAGAUGCACACAGAAGAGGCAGACAACCUGGGGAGAGUAUGGGGAUGCUGCUAGGUUAUGUGGAGGGAAAAUGAGGUGAAAUCCCACUAUCUGGCCACCACUAUAAAAAAUAACAACAACAAAAAAAAGUUUUUACAAAUACAUUAACAGCAAAAGGAAGGCCAAAGAGAACCUCCAUCCUUCACUGGAUACAGAGGGAAACAUUGCCACCAGGGGUGAGAAAAGAUGUCUUCUUUGCUUCUGUGCCUGCAGUGCACUGAGUUGGCCUCAAAGAAAUGACCACCUACCCACAAGGCCAAGAGGGAUUUGCCUGAAGUUAAAGCUACAGGAGCAAAAACAGUUCAAGGGAAAAUACUAACAGAACAGUGCUUCAUGCUGAAUUUUUAUUUCAAUGUUAUGCGACUGCAUAAGUAUAAAUAACUGUGUUCAAUAUACAACAAUUAUGACAUCCAUAAGGAGUUUCUUAAAGAAAAUAAGACUGCAAACACUUUAUUGCACAGACCCUAACUUUUUUUUUUUUUUUUCCCCAUCUUUCCUUUUUCGUCUUUUCUCUCUCUUCUUUUUCUUUUUGGGGGGUGGAGGGGUGGGGAAGCUGAGCAAUCUACAGCAGGAAGUCUACAAAGGAGCACAUCAGAACUACAAUCACAAAAAGACUGACCGAAGCAGUACACAGGCAGGAGAAUCUCUAACAGCUCACUGAUAGGUAAACACCAACAAACAGUACUACAUAAACACAAGCUUAUGCACUGUUACACUUCCAAAAUGCAAACUUACUUGUCAGAAGUGAUAAUGAGCUAUACAAAAUAUACAUAAAGGUAUACUGUAAACAAAUAGCUAGAUGUGCUUUAAAGGAAACGAGAAGAUAGUUUAAAAAAUGCAGAACUCUGUAAACUAGGAAAUACCUCCCAGACAGAAAUGUUAUAUUGAAGUGCAUUAGCAUUUGCUUGUAAUAAUUGCCAAAGCACAAGUGAACUGUAAAUGUUGAGACCAUUUUCUCUUCAAAGCUGCUCAAAAUUACUACCCAUCGCUAACUAGCUCCUCUGUCAAUGCAUAAGAGGCAGUACAAACAUUCUAGUGUCUCAUAAAAAAAAUCAGAAACUGUAGCUUGUGAUUUUAUCUUUCCACAGCAAGUCUGCUGUAAUCCAACUGAACUGGUGUAAUAAAGCAUUUCCCAGGGGAAAUGAAUUCUGCACACUGUCAGCUGUCACGCAGACCUCCAAGUCAAGAUUAUACACUGUGCUUUUAAGAACAAGGUUCUAUCUUUUGAGACAGAAAAGACAAUCCGUAAGCCUCAACGAAACAGCUGGGGGCCUAGUUCUAGUUUGGCUACCUGAACCGAAAUAAGCAAACCCCCACUCUGUUGAUCCCAAACACUUUAAAACAAGCAUCAACAAGCAUAUUCUGUAGUGCUCUGGUACAUGUUUCAAAUUCUAUCUUUCAUCCUUCAAAACUGAAGUCCUCCACACUAAAAUGAUCAAAAUCUACAUGUUCCACAGUAUACAAAAUUUAAAUAAGGCUUAGCAAAAGUAAAAGGACAGUCACAUUCUAGCACCAAAUAGCUCCAACAGGUUCCUUUGUUACACAAUGUUUCUUUAAUAAUUACAUUUACCUUUUUUCUUUCUUUUUUUUUUUUUUUCAUAUAAAUAAAAAGAUUACGUUAUGAAAUGUAUGGAGCUACUCAAUGCAGUUAGAAAUGAACAUGAAACCAAGAAUUACUUGCUAAAAAAGCAAGUCAAAGUCUACAACAUAAGGCCCCAGCUAUGAAUUAAAAUGUAUCAGAUGUCCUAAAUUUUUUUCUUAAUGACAAUGGAACAUAUAUUCUUUUUCCUUUUUAUCCUAAUAGCCGAAAAUAGAAAAGAAAAAGAAAAAAAAAAAAAAAAAGCCACAGCUAAUGCUAAUUAUGCAGAUCUAUAUGCUAUGGUAAAGCAUGUUUUCUAAAUUAAUUAAAAAAAAAAAA